AUGGUCGCUGACGGCGAAUAUUCCGAUGUACACUUUCUACAAUCUAAUAUUUCACUUUAUGAGGAUUCUUCUCUGAUAGACACAGGAACCUUAAAAAUAUCUGAGGAAUGUUUUACAUGGGAAGGUACAUCAAAACAAUUCUUUAUUCCUUAUUCACAAAUAACCUUACAUGCUAUUGCCAGGAAUACGGUAGAUCAGACUGGAGAUCAUCCCAAUAAUUUGUUCCCUCACCCACAUUUAUUAGUAAUGAUUGACGGAGAUCGUGUAUGGGAUUCAAAUAAUAAUACUGAUAAUUUAUCUGAUACGAAGUCACAGAACGAGCAAGAUGGCAUGCAAAUUGAUGCAGAAGGUUCAGAUGAAGAAAAAGAAGACUCUGAUAGUGACCGCGCUCCAGACUGCCCUGGUUCUACGUCCGUCCUCCGCUUGGUUCCACAAGAUUCUGCACAGCUCGAAGACAUGUAUAAAGCACUAGCCGACUGUCAAGCAUUAAAUCCGGAUCCUGAAGAUGAUAAUUCAGACUUCGAGGGUUUCGCAGAAGAUGAUGAAUAUGAAAUUAAUGAUCAGGGUAUGGAAUUCGAAAACCAUACGAAUAAUAAUGGAAGAUUCGGUGAACCGGACCAGUUCGCAGAUGCCUAG